AUGGCCGUGCCAGUCACGGUGAAGGACAGAGGCAAUGACAAUAGUGAUUCCGAGUGCGAACUGGCGGCUAAGAUACCUGGCGGUCUGGUCACCACCCAACGCGACUCCAAGGGUGAUGGCCAUUGGAAAUUCGGUAGAGCAGGAGCCUCGCAGUACCUGGAUGAGACUGUUGAGAACAAGUAG